GCGGGGCGGCGCCGGCAGUCCCAGCGCUGCGGCUCCCGGGUGCGGUGGAGGUCUGCGCCUUUGCUGGUCUCAGGACGGACCUGCGAGCCGCACGCCGAGGGCCUGCCAGCUGCCCCUUGCUCCCCGGGCCUGGUGGUGAAAGUGGGAACUCCGGGCGGGUAGGCUCCUGGUGGGGGCGUGGAGACCGAGGUUGAACCGGCUGCCAGAGUGGGAGUCAUUACCUGCUGUCUGCUACCCGCCUGGCCCCGAGUUCUGCUCUAGUUUGUGUCCGGUUCCCUUGAGUCUGGAACGUGACAUUGGAAGUAGCUCCAGGGUCGUGGAUAUGGACCUUUUGCAGUUCUUAGUCUUCCUGUUUGUCCUGCUCGUGUGUGGGACAAGAGUCACAGACACCCAGAGGACCUCCGUGGACCCAAGCCUGGAGAUCUACAAGAAGCUGUUUGAGGUGAAGCGGCGGGAGCAGCUGUUGGCAUUGAAGAACCUGGUGCAGCUGAACGAUGUCCACCAGCAGUACAAGAUCCUGGACGUCAUGCUCCAGGGGCUCUUUAAGGUGCUGGAGGACUCCCGGACAGUGCUCACUGCUGCGGACGUGCUCCCAGAAGGGCCCCUCCCCCAGGACGAGAAACUGAAGGACGCUUUCUCCCAGGUGCUGGAGAACACGGCCUUCUUCGGCGACGUGGUGCUGCGCUUCCCGCGGAUCGUGCACCACUACUUCGACCACAACUCCAACUGGAACCUCCUCAUCCGCUGGGGCAUCAGCUUCUGCAACCAGUCGGGCGUCUUUGACCAGGGGCCCCACUCGCCCAUCCUCAGCCUGAUGGCCCAGGAGCUGGGGAUCAGCGAGAAAGACUCUGACUUCCAGAACCCAUUUAAAGUGGACCACACAGAGAUCAUUUCUAGCACCGACCCUUUCCAGAAGGCCCUGAGAGAAGAGGAGAAACGGCGGAAAAAAGAGGAGAAGCGGAAAGAGAUCCGAAAAGGCCCGCGGAUCUCGCGAUCCCAAUCCGAGCUAUAGCCCCGUGGCAGCCCGAGGUUCAAGGGGCCAGGAGGAAGAGGAGGAGGAGCGUGGCCAAGGUGAAGCGGUGCUGUCUGGCCGGUGGUGAGAGCCGGCACCUGUGCGAAGGGAGGCCAUGUUUGCUUGGCCCCCGGGAGCUGCGUGGAGGAGCCCAGCUGCAGGGACGGCCACAGAAGGCUGGUUUCCUCCCAGGCCUCCCUGUGCUGCAAACAACUCUGGGGAGAUGCUGGGGAGGCCGGAGGGGUGCAGGGCUGGACCCUCCUACUGGGUUAAUACUGAUGCUUGCUGGCUGCUGCUGCUCAUGGGGAGGCAGCAGAACCAGGGUCUGAGCCGCGUGUGGAGGUGCCACACCACUGCUGGCUGCACCGUGUCACUGAGCCACACGGCACAAGUCCCAGCCCCUGCAGACACAAUAAAAGUCAGCAAACUCUCUGGGCAAAUCAAGGCUGGUUUUGGCCCUAGGGAGCUGUGAGGCCUUUGCCAGGCAGGCGGCGAGGGCCUGGGUUGGGGAACCAGAGGCCCACAGAGGGGUAGAGAGCACCGUGGAGGAUGUUCUGCUUCAGGGAGCCCAGGCUCUGGCCGGGCAGCAAAGCAGGGGCUUGGCUUGUGCCUCCUAAUCCACUCUCUGCUCUGUCCUUGCUGAAGGUCAGUGUUGGAAAGGGACUGGGUGUGUCCUGGGUGGGUGUUUAUCCAAGUUGACCUUGGAGCCACAUGAUCUCUAUCCUCAGCUAACGGGACAGUCUUAGAACAGGCGCAGGAAAGAGCCAGCUGUCCCUUCUGGCAAUGCCGGAGACCCUCAGCCCGGGGGCUGCAGGAGAUUGCACUGUAAUGGCAGGGCUGCCCCACGCUGGAUCAGUCACCGUGAGCUCUCCGGCUCAGGAGGGAUCCGUGGUCAUAAGGCAGGGAAGCUGCAGGGGCCUGAGUGAGCAGCUGCCUUCAGUUGUGCUCUGCCCAACUGGUGGGAUUCCCCGCUCUGUCUCUUUGACCUUCCAAAGCCAGGGUCUGCUUCUUAAAAGGGGAGACAUAACCACCCCAGAACCUACCACCACCACCACCACCACAGCCAAGGGAGACCCGAGUCUUGUCUCAGCCCAUCAGGCUUGCUGAGUGACCCUGGUCCACCCUUCUCUGUUCCGUAGCUUCACUGGCAAAGGGAACAUGAUAACAUAGGGACUGCUUCUCCAAGGCUGGUCCUGGCUUCUCAAUGACAGGUGUCCCUCUCUGAUGGUUCUUCAUUCAUCCCAUAGGUUUGCUGAGCACCCACUGUAAGCCCAGCCAAAGAGAGGGGUCCAGUCUUACCCAUCUUCACCUCUGCCCCAUCUGGUACCUUCAUCCUCCUGGGCUCUUCCUUUGACACCUUUAGCUUCUCUCCAUCUUGGUUGAUCUCUUCCUCUCCAUCUUCAAAUGGUUCCAUAUUUUCCCAUCUGACACCUUCAGACAAACAAACAGAACUACCCUGCUUCCCCCCGUCUCUUUCCCUUUGCUGCACUGUUGAUUGUGUGGCCACUUGUUUCUGAAGCUCCACCUUGAGUCACGCUGUAGGCAGAGCCUGUCCACUCCCCUGCUGGGAGCCGCAGACGUCCUAGGGUAUUCCGUUUGUCCAGCCUCCUUGCAGCAAGCAUUCAGUUCUGUGACUGAAGUGCCACUAACCAGAUGCACCAUGUGAGUGUGGUGGUGGAAACAGUGGCCCCCAGGGGCCAGGGGGAUUCCUAGUGGCCAGACCAGCCCCAAGGGUGCCUGCUGGUGCCAACAGUGAUGUCUUCAUUGGUGCGUUCAGCAUGGUCUUGGACGUUGUUCCUGUCUGUCGAGCUUCCAGACACGAUCUGAGACAUCGUGGAAAAUCUGGGCGCUCCCAGUAUCCCCUAAGGCAGGGCUCUGCUCACAUUUGGGACAGAUAAUUCUCUGUUGUGAGGAGGUCUGUGUAUGUGAGAUGCUUAGUGGCAUUCUUGGCUCAGUAGAUGUCUGUUGUCAUCUCCCAGUUAUGACAACCAAACCUGUCUCCAGACAGUGCUGGAUGUCCCCUGGGGGCAAAACCUUCCCGGCCACAACCCUUCUUCCUCCUUAUCUCAGCCUCACGUCUUCCUGGGCUGUCCGUCACUGCCCAGAAAUGCUGUGACAGUUCCUGAGGAUCCUCCCAGGCCUCGGGGCCACUGUGCUGUCCUUGUUCUCUGCCCUUGGUCUAAGUCUGCUCUGUCUCUUCCCGGUUUCUCUUUCCUUACCUGCGCCCUAAAUAAAGAGUUUACUGGCUUAGU